GAUGAUGAUGAUGAUGAUGUUUCGGAUGAUGAUGAUGAUGAUGAUUCGGAUGAUGAUGAUGAUGAUGAUGAUGAUGAAUCGGAUGAUGAUGAUGCUGAUGUUGAUGAUGAUGAUGAUGAUGUUGAUGAUGAUGAUGAUGAUGAUGAUGAUGAUGAUGAUGACAUUUGGAUGUUGAUGACUUUUAUGAUGAUGAUGAUGAUAAUGAUGAUGAUUUGGAUGUUGAUGAUGUUGAUGAUGAUGGGAUGA